ACUGUCGCACUUCAAAGAUUGUCAGAACUCACAACACCUGGAAAGGUGUGUAGUGUCAGGAGAAAAUUCCACCUCCAUAUGAUAUAGCAAACUUUUGAGUGUGUAGUGUGACUGCAAAAACAAGACACUGGAUCGCCAUCUUUAGUCAAUCAGUUAACAUGUGAAAGUGAAAGAACCAAGGCAUUAGGUUGGCCGUUGUCAACCUUUGUUCUUACUAGCUAGUGUAUUUGCUUUUCUGCCCUAUAAUAUAUUUAGAACGCACAAGAAAUAUGUGGAUUUGAAAUAUAUCAGAGUGGUAUGCAACCCUUGAAUCAUCAGAAGAUUCCAGGACCUUAAGAUUUUUUAAACAGUCGUGAAAUUGAAAGAUGCACUCAGGGCUGUGUCUUACUCUCCUGUCAGUGGCUGUCCUCACUGUUCCCAUCCCAGCUCAACCAGUCCCGGAGACAUUCACCUUAACUGUCCCUGAUGGUCCGAUCUCAUCCCAGUCAGGCUCCUCCGUCUCUCUACUUUGUCAAGUCUCACCGAUAUUCAACAUCAAACCAUUUGAGGUGAAGUGGUAUCGGUCUGAUGACAUUAACAAACCCACCUUGUUGUACAAGGAUCACAAGAUCCAGGAGGCCCUCAUGGACCCACGGUUCAGGGGCAGAGUGUCUCUAACUGGGGAACUGGAGAGGGGGGACGCGUCCCUGAGACUGGAGAGGGUCACUCUGGAAGAUAGUGGGGAGUUUGUGUGCUACAUUGCCAGUAACAAGUGGUAUGAAAAGGCCCGUGUGGUACUGGCAGUGAGUGUAACAGGAAGUCAACCAGUAAUCUCUGUAGCUGAAGCAAGAGGAGGAGGAAGUCAGGUGAAUGUUACCUGUUCUUCAGAGGGCUGGUCACCACAACCUAGAGUCACCUGGAGAAACAAAGAGGGGACAGAGAUCACUAAUGGACAAGAAGUACAAAACACCACUGAUUCUCAGGGGUUGGUGAGUGUCAGUAGUUGGCUGCUGUAUUCUCCCUCUGAAUCUGAUUGGCUCUCCUGUAUUGUCUUUCUGUCUGACGAGUGGAAGACAGAGGGCAGGAUUCUGCCAGCUUUACCUGGUGGAGAUUCCAAAAAAGGUUUCACUGUGAAUCAGGUCCUGUUGGUUGUCCUGCCAGUAUUGUUUCUGGUCAUCAUCAUCUGUGCUCUGUGCUUCAUCAUUGUGUUCAAACGAAAAGGUCAAAUAGACCAAGGACUGAAUGUAGCAGAGACAAAAAGACUAAUAAAAGAAAACCCAGUGCAGUCACCUGCAAACCAGACAACAUCUGACAAUAAGGAUAAACUGGAAGAAAACCCAGUGCAGUCACCUGCAAACCUGACAACAACUGACAAUAAGGAUAAACCAGAAGAAAACCCAGUGCAGUCACCUGCAAACCUGACAACAAUUGACAAUGAGGAUAAACCAGAAGAAAACACAGUGUAUACAGCUGCAAAUCCGACGACAGCUGAUAAUAAAGUUGAAAUGGAAGCCCCAGAAAACCCAGCGCAGACACCUGCCAAUCUGACAACAGCUGACAAUAAAGUUAAGCCAGAAGGAAACACAGUGCAGACACCUGCAAAUCCGACAACAGCUGACAAUCAAGUUGAUCUUCAAGGCCCAGAAAACCCAGUGCAGUCACCUGCAAACCUGACAACAACUGACAAUGAGGAUAAACUGGAAGGAAACACAAUGCAGACACCUGCAAAUCCAACAACAGCUGAGAAUCAAGUUGAUCUUCAAGGCCCAGAAAACCCAGUGCAGACACCUGCAAACCUGACAACAACUGACAAUGAGGAUAAACCAGAAGAAAACCCAGUGCAGUCACCUGCAAACCUGACAACAACUGACAAUAAGGAUAAACCAGAAGGAAACACAGUGCAGACACCUGCAAAUCCGACAACAGCUGACAAUCAAGUUGAUCUUCAAGGCCCAGAAAACCCAGUGCAGUCACCUGCAAACCUGACAACAACUGACAAUGAGGAUAAACUGGAAGAUUUGCUCCUGGGGAAAAAAGUUAAAGAGGAACACAUCACUACGGAUGCAAAGACUGCUUCUCUUGCCAUUAGAUUGAGUCAAAAAGGAAAGAGGGUUCAGUAUGUCAAAGCAAAAGAUAAACCAGACCUUCAACAGUCUAUCCAUGUAUUGGGUAAUAAGGGGUUUGACUCAGGGCAACACUAUUGGAAAGUGAAGAUCCAAGAUGAUGAUAGGAAGGAAGAAAAACUAGCAUGGUAUUUGGGUGUGACCAAAGAAAAUGCACAAUGUCCUUUAACCCCCCAAAAUGGUUUCUGGGUUUUAUUUUAUGAAAAAGAAGUAGGCCUACAUGUUUAUGUUGACAGUGUAAAAACACCAACAAGACAAACAACACCAACAACUGUGUGUGUGUUUCUAGAUUGUGACAAACACACACUGUCUUUUUAUGAUGCUGAUUCUGGGUCCCUUCUCUACACUUUUAAUGAUGUGAAAACAACAGACACAUUGUAUCCUGUAUUCAGCCCUGGAAAAAGAGAUCCACAGCCAUUAAAAAUAUAUUGACACCACUGAACUGAACAAGGAUGUGUCUUCAACAUUGUAGCUUGAACUUGUAUAGGAUCAUGUGAAAAUAAAAGGUGUUACUAUACAAUUUGUGUUAUUACUAUGGUCUAAGUGAUUCAGGGGACAAUCCUGUCCGAUGAGACAUGCAUUCCAGAACAGAGUUCUGCUUAAGACAAGGAUGUGUGGCUACAGAAAGAAAUCAACACUUGGGUGUUGUUCAACUAGUUUGAUUUAUACAUUCCACAUUUUCAGACACCAAAAGUAAUUUAAUGUUUGUAUUGUAUAUAUUUUUUCUACCUUGAUUCUUGCGUUUUAUUCAAAUGCAAAUAUUUUCCCAGUUGUUAAAUUACUAU